AUGACAAAGGUCUUGCAGGCGGCUGGUAACACGAUGACCGGGAACGCCACGCUGGGAGUUCGAGCUUUGCGGGAAGAUUACUGCAAACCUUCCAACAGGGCGGAGAUCCCUCGAAACCUGAAUGCCAUUUCAGAAGCUCUUGAGGCUGGCAAGUUCGAGCGCGUGGCCUCGCAGGAGCGGGAGGAUUUCCCUCGGUUUCAGUAUCUUUUCGAAUCGGGAGAGCUAUUACCACCAGCGGUUUUCAUGCAAGCUCUCGAGCUGGGCGCCUACGAGACCAUCAACGGCGCGCAGCUGUUAUUCGACCCGGAGGUCCUGGUGCUGCGGGACAAUUUGGUGAUCUCAUACAAGGCGCUCGUGGCCAAGAUAAGACAAAAGGCCUCGAAGGAGAUUGAUCGCCUUCCGGAUGCGCUGCUGCGAAAAUUUGCCAGCGCCUGGCAUGCCUGGGAGUCAGCGUGGCUUCGGAAUCGGGAAGUCCACGCAGUCGAGGCGCUGCAGCCAUCGGUGAAAGCAAUCCUGGCACUGGAGCCGCUCAUCAUUUCUGCAGAGAAAGAGCGGCUCCUGCCCUGGCCCCGGGUGCAGCACCAGAAGGCCAUCACCUUGAAGUGCCUUGAGGGCUUCGUGCAUGCAUUUGGUGAGUUGGCUGCGUCUGUCCUGCCCUCCAACAAACGGGAGAAGGACCAUGAUGCGCGGUUGCUCCUGCUCAUGGACCAUGUCCUCUCGCUGCGCGGGGAGAAGCUGGAUAAAACUCAGCCCUACCUGCUGGAGAAGUUGUCCUCGGCACCCAACGUGGUAUUUGCUGACCACCAGGUCACUCCUAGCGAAGCAUCGACGCUGUUGGGAUCCCACGCCCUGGCCCCGAAAGAUGGCCAGAACGGAGUACCUUUGGAAAGCUACGCCUUCAAGCUGCUUGGAACUUCAGGCGAAGGUAGCGCAAGAGGCGAGGCCAACCCAAGAGGUGACCUGGCGCAGAAGGCGGCAGAGCACGCCAACGAGCUUCUUGGCGCCUUUGAGGGCCUCAAGGACAUGCUGAUGUCCCUGAAGUCGACCCUGGAGCAUAUCGACCCGGCCCUGGACAAGGACGAGGCCUUUGUGGCGACGCUACAGCGCUUCGAGAAAGCUUUCCGUCGGUCCCGGCGGCUCUUCCUCGAGCCCGACAACUUGGCUUGA